AUGUUUUUCAAGAAGAUGGUGGCCAACGUGGCGAAAUUCUUGUUACAGCAAAAGGUCCCCCCGACCGACGGAACACCGAAACCGUUGUCGCCAUACGCCGGCACCCCGUACACGGAGUUACAGGGAAAAGUGGCCAUAAUCACCGGUGGUACCAGUGGUAUCGGAUUAGCCGUGGCCAUGGACCUGGUCGAGAAUGGUGCACGGCGCGUGAUUGUGUCCGGACGGGACGUGAAGAAGGGCUCGAAUGCGGUGAAAUUGCUGAACCAGAUGUGCAGCGACCAUCAGCAGGCCUUCUACGUGCCGAUGGACGUGACCGCGAAGGAGGAACUGAAAGAACUGUUCGCCUACACGGUGGAAAAUCACGGCGGAUUAGACAUAUUGAUGAACAGCGCCGGCAUCCUGAACGAGGAGUCAUCCACGUGGAGAAAGAUGGUCGACACCAACGUGACCGCUCUGAUCGACAGUACGCGGCUCGGCAUGGACCUGAUGAACGACCCAAAACGACCGGGAGUGAUCGUCAACGUGUCCGGCGUGUGUGCCAUCAAACCUGUACCUCAACUACCGAUUUUCUGCGCUACAAAAGCGGCAGUAUUGAACGCCACGCGUGCGUUCAGCAAAAUCAACAACAGCAACGUGCGGUUCUUAACAGCGUGCAUGGGUCCGACGAGAACACCAAUGUGGCUGAAUUUCUCUGAAAACGAUGUCGGAGACUGGGCCAAAGAAGAAUCUGAAAAUAUUGUGAACGCGUUCAUGGCCCAACAAAAGUUAGUUCGCAGUUCAAUUGAACUACCUGUAAUGGGUAUUGGAUGCCGUUGCGAACCGCCACUGGCGAUAGUAGUACGUGCUUUCAUAUCCGAACGAUGCGCAAGUCUAUACGACAUACGUCUGGUAGAAUGCCAAGGAAACAGUGUAUUUUACUUUUCACUCAACGAGUGCGACAUCCAACGUGACGUUUCGGACAAAAUUUUAGCAUAA